AUGCCCGUAUCUUCCGAAUUAGCUGCAUGGCGUCGGUCGAGUCAUAAGAGGGAUAUUCGACACAUGGCUCAGGAUUCUACGAAUUCGGACGAUGGAGCAGGGAUCCAGGUAGAAGAAGGUGGCUCUGCGCCGGUGGUGGUGGAGAAAACGGGAGAGGGAGUGAAAUUCGAAGAGCAUCAGCUUCCCAUUGACAUUGCGUACAACAAAUUCGCAGACUGGCUGGUGGAUCGGAAGCGGGUACCGGCCAAUUGGAGGCAACGAGUAGCCGCUAUUCAGCAGCGAAUCGCCAAGCUGGUUACCACACUGCCACGUCAUCAUGAUCCCUGGCUGCAGUCGCUCUCGGUGGAUGAGGUGGGGUAUGUGGAGGCGAAGCGAGUGAGGGACAUUCUUGCUGCUGCUCGCCCCAGUGAGAGAACAAUUUUCGGCGGCCUUGCUGGGCUGGUGGGCGAGUGGGAUGCAGUGGUUCGAACAUACGAGCGUGACUCUGUGUUUCUGGGGGAAGCGGCUCAGAUUCUCGUACACAAUACCAACUAUGACAUCCCCUACUGGCAGAAGCACAGGGCGCGGGCCCAGCAGCAGCUGGAGGAGAGCAACAGGAAGGAGCUGGACUGCCGUAGACUGGCUGCUGCUGCUGCCAAGGGGUUUCAACAGGCAUGCUCUGACCUGGGAAUCAAGGGUAACGAUGUACGGACAGAGCUCAAGGGGCUGGUCUCCCUGCUUCCUGGAAUCUUUCAGAGCGUGGUAACAAUUCUAUCAGGGGAGCCUGUAGGGCAGGCAGUGGACUACUAUCGAGCUGCUAUAGCCUUUGCGCAUGGGGGGGAGGAUGCUGGUUCUUCCUCCCUCCUCCUCCCCACGCUCUUGGAGCUUCGGGCAAACCCUGAGCGGCAGGAUCAGGCCGAGCCUCCUGCGGAGGACGAGUGGGUUGGUGCUGCUGGUGGCGAGGAGGGAGGAGGGGGGAUAGACUGGGAUAUUGACACAGGAGCUGCAGGGACCAAUGAGGAGGCGCCACCUGGAAGCGCUGGUGAUGGUGAUAGUGCUGGUGGCGGUGGGGGAGGAGGAGGGAGGAGUGGGAGGGAAGGGGAGAGCGAGAGGCACAAGGUGCAGCGGUGGCUGUUGGCUGAUUCAGCGUAUCGCAGCAAGCUGCUUGACGACCUGUUUGAGCUGCACAUAUUCCUUGUCACACGGAUAGCUGAGAUGAACCGACACCAGGGAUCUGUGUUGCAGGCACAAUUGAUGGCCACAGCGCCUCCCAUCAUCCAGAACCAUGGCACCACGUCUCUUGCCUCCCUUGACUCCCACAUCUGCACGGCCAUUGGUAGGCUCACCAGUCGUCGUACACGGGACCUCCUCCUCAUCCUCUCCUCCCCCCGCUUUUUGGAUCGGCUGGAGCAAUCAUUGCUGCAGAAGAAGACAAACGAGGCGAGGCUGCUGGAUAGCAUAGGCGAGCUGGAGAGGCGGCGGAGAGAGAUUCGGGCAGCACUGGCUGAUGCGUGGCCUAAACUGGAGGCUGUGGUGCAGCGAACACGAGCCUACAAGGCAGCAGCAGAGGCGGCUCUCUCUGCAAUGUAUUCCAACCGCCCAGUUCACAUCAUAGGGGAGAUCAACAACGUGCUGCAAGCCACUGCCCCUGCUGGGGAUGGGUAG